UCUUCCCUUUUUCCUUUCCUUCUUCUUCGUCUUCCACUUCAUUGAGCUCUGUGCCAUUGCUCUCUGAACCAAGCGAUGGCGAAUCUUCCACUCUGAGCUACCGAGCCGAAUCGUCCACCGAGUCACGCCACCGAGUCCGCCGCAGGCUCAGAUCUUCCAGCAUGUUGGACAGUUUGCUCGGUCGUGGAUUCACCGCAAAAUGCAAAUCGUUGAUCAAAUUGACGAGGAAUCGGAUCGAUGUGAUAAGGAGGAAGAGGAAGGCGACAGAGAAGUUUCUGAAGAAGGAUAUGGCUGAUUUGUUGUCGAAUGGUUUGGAUGUCAAUGCAUACGGAAGGGCUGAUGGACUCAUUAGUGAGUUGACACUGUCAUCUUGUUAUGAUUUUAUUGAGCAAACCUGUGAGUUUGUGUUGAAGCACCUCUCAGUGCUGCAGAAAGUGAGUGGAUGCCCUGAGGAGUGCAGGGCGGCUAUCUCAUCUCUGAUGUUUGCAGCUGCAAGGUUUUCUGAUCUCCCAGAGCUACGUGAUCUUCGACAAAUAUUUCAGGAGAGAUAUGGAAGCUCCCUGGAGUGUUACGUUAAUCAACAGUUUGCUGCAAAUAUGAAUUCAAAGUCUUCUACAUUGGAGAAGAAGGUUCGCUUGAUGCAGGACAUUGCUUCAGAGUUUUCAAUAAAGUGGGACUCCAAAGCGUUCGAACUGAGAAUGUCGAAAUCCUCUACUGUUGCACAGGGCCACAACAGUGCUUUCAAGUUUAACCAUUCAGUUGAUGAUAAUAAACCAUUACAAGGCAAGAUUGCUACCUCAAAAGGAGUCAAGUAUGAGGCUUUGCCAGAGAAAAGUCCUGACUAUUCUGAUAAUAGGCACAAAUUUCUGAAUGGCAAGGAAGCGGUUGUCUCAAAAAGUGAUGUGAAUCAACUUAGUUCUAAAUCCAAGCUUCCUGAAAAUGGUUUCAAGCCGCCAAGUAGCUAUGAUGAAGUCAAUCUCAAAAGAGUUAGCCAUGGCAAUCCAUUACCGGGAAGAGAAGAGCUAAGUCAUAAGAAGACUGAUAAAGGCUAUUGCAUGGAGGGUAGUAUUCCAAAACAAAUUGGACGCUCUUCUCAGGACGAGAGAGUGAAAGAGUUUGAAGGUGGUUCCAAUCUGCGUGAUACUUUGGGGAAUGCCACACGAGUAAGAGAAAGCCAGGACACUGCCACUGCUAGGAAGUCUCCUAGCCACGUGGGACUUUUUUCAAGGAAUAGUGUGAACGAGCCAUUAGCUUUUAAUCAUGCUGGCCUACCUGAUGAUAGAUUUGAGAGAAAAGUUCAAAAGGAUGAAACUCCUAGGGGAAAGCCUAGCUACAGUAAUGCCCUCCCACCUCCGUAUUUAAAACCUAAUUCUAAACUGAAGAGCAGCUCACAUGGAACUGAUUUAAUGACUUCACAUAUUGACAGUAAUGGAAUCACUAAAUAUCCUUCAAUACAUCAAAAGCCUGAUGUCGCUUCUAAGCCGGAGAGGAUCCAAUCAGGUUUGGAUAAUUCUGAGCAGGAUUUACUGGGACAUGCAAGACCGGGUAAAGAGGGUCAUGAAAAAGAACUCUCGAAUCACGAAGAUGCUAAAGAAGUCCCUGUAUUUAAACCAAAAUCUGUGAGGCGGAAGCAUUCAAAAUCUCGAUCUACUCACAGUGAUGCUGGUAAUGAAGAGGCUGAAGUUGUGAGAAAAUCAAGGAGCAGGAGACGAGAUGAAAGGCGUGGCCUACAAAUUUUGUUUGAUGAUGAGCGGCAUAAAACUGAUGAAGAGGAAAGGAUAAUAGAUAGGCUACUGAUCCAUUAUAGCAAAAAGCCAACCGCAUCUGUGCCUGAAAAAGCAAGAAGAAAGUCCAGAAGUCGCCAUACACAUCAAAAGAGUGGAAGAGGAGAUGAACCUGAUGAGACACCAGACCUGAUUUCUCAAACACCUCGAUCAGUUUCCCUUCCUCAUGAACAAACAGAAGCUGUGGAAGUUAACAAAGUAAUUGCUCGUGCCGCUUCAUUGCAGCCAGAUAGAUCAAAUGAAGCUCGGCAUGUGCAUCCCAAGCUACCUGACUGUGAUGAUUUAGCUGCUAGGAUUGCGGCCUUGAGAGGAUCUUAAAAAAUCGAAUUACAUUAAAUAAGUGCUUCUCCUUUACCAGCUUGAUUGCGCUGUUAACGAUCAUCAUGGUUUAGCCUCAUGUACCGCUGGUGUUGUUGAAGGUUUCAUGGUGGUGGUUUCAUUGCAAUUCGUUGAUUACUCCAGAGCUGUAAUCUGCCAUGGCCAUACUUUAGUUGGCUGGCAAUUGUUCUAGCAUUAUUUUUUACUAAUGGUGUCUAUAUACGAAACAUCUUGGGGUGUGCUUUCACCUUUUAUGAUUGUAUUAGCGUUUGAAACAUAAAUUGAUGGUAUUCUUAUUUUCUA